AUGGAGCGCAAGCGCAAGAUCUCCAACGCUGUACCGGCGGCUGGCGAAGGAGGAAGCGCAUCGAAGAAAAUCAAACUUCUGAAUUCCCAGCCCGCGCCGACGCAAGAUGGCCCGUCCGCCGUUCAGGUCGUGGGCCGAAAGGUCCUCGCGGCCUUGAACAAUGCAACGGACAAGCACGGCCGCGCCAUUGCCGAUGCGUUUCUCGAGCUGCCACCACGUGACGAAUUGCCCGACUACUAUCAACAUGUUCGAAUGCCAGUCGCAUUGGAGACGAUCGAAUACAGGCUCAAGCAAAACGCGUACCCGACUGUGACAACCCUGGAGAGCGACCUCAAGCGUAUGAUUCAAAAUGCAAAGGAGUACAACGUCCCCAAGAGCGAGAUCUACGAAGAUGCCGAACGGAUACGCAAACUGGUCUACAACUUCAUGAAAGUCCAUAAUCCGGCCUACAGGCAAGACCCGAACUACACCUCCUUCCCGACUCCCUAUGCGGAGCCCAAGCUUACACUCACCAACAAUGCCCACCGAAGCGAAUCUGUGAAAGAAGAGCCGAAGAGCAGGGACGCGAGUGUCAAGCCAAGGCCGUCUACGGCACCCAAAACCUCCGAGCCCCCAUCAGAUCGAAAGUCGUCAGUAGCUGCGAGCAGUGCAAAGGAUGAUGUUGAUGGCGAUGGCGACGCCGAUGAAGUGGAGCAUGAGAACAUGGACUUUACUGGCAAAUCGUUCCAGGAUGCGCAGCACAUGAUCAUUGCUGAACUCAUACGGUUUACCGAUGAAGAGGGCCUUGAGAUUUAUACGCCAUUCGUCAAUCUGCCGUCACGCAAGCUCGAAGACUAUUACAAGACAAUCAAGCAUCCUGUAUCUCUGAAAGGAGUACAAAAGCGCAUCAAGGGAAUCCACGGACGCGCACCGCCUACCGGUAUCACCGACUUCAAGACUUGGGAUGCCUUUGAGGAUGAGGUUAGCUUCAUCUGGCGCAACGCGAGAGACUUCAAUGAGGACGGCAGCGAGAUGUACGACCUUGCCGGCGAAUUUGAGGGGCAUUUCAAGAAGAUCCUGGCAGACGCCAGAGAGAAAGUCGAGGAGCCCGCAGCAGCACGCAUCAAACUCGGUGGCCCCAAGCCCGCAAAGUCAGGCAUCACACUCAACUUAUCACAACACCGUAAUUCUCCAACCCCUGGCGUCAGCGUUGACAACGAAGCACUUGCUCGCCAGCGCUUGAUGGUCCAAGCUGGUGUAAAUGGCCAACAGACCCAACACCGCCAGCAGCCCGACAUGAAUGGAAGACCGCCAGCAGCUUCACCGAUGACCAACGGAAUCAGACCACCGAUCAGCACUCAAGCAGGAAGUCCGCCAGUGGCCGGUGUGAAGAAUGAGAAACUUGCAGCACUGUCGCCUGCGCCGGUGACUUACGCGCCUGCAGUACAGCCGUACACCAACGGCAUGAUGCCACCGCCGCUGACACGUCCACCAAGUGGAAGCCCGUAUCCAGCACCUACUCAAAACGGGUAUCAGACCAACAGCUACCAUUACACCGCGCCGGCAGCACUUCCACCAACAGCCAUUCGACCGUAUCCCGUAUCAGAAGCGCUGCUGCCAGCGGUCACCAUCUCGACGCAUCCUUGGCUUAAGCUGCCGAAACCGUACAGCAUUGCCAUUCCGCCGCACUCUUCAUUGUCGCAACAAAGUACGACCAUCACCUUACCCUCGACGCAUUACUACCUGCAAAUCUCCCCCACCAUCUCACGCGACCUUUCAAUGGGCCGCGCAUACAAACUGUUUGUCACCGUCAACGGGAGCCGGCUCACGCAGCGGGAUACGCAGUUUCACGCCGACACCGGCAAACGCACGCAUGUAUACGAGGGCAGUCUGGCGGCUGGCGUGAAUAGAAUUGAAGUUGAAGUCGCAGCUGCCAAAGUGGGAGAUGCUGAUGGCAAGGGAUUGGAUGUGGAGAAGUUGACGGUCUUUGCAAACUUGACCAGGCAGUAG